GCAGGCGCCGCUGUCUGUGAACUGCCAACGCGUUAUGAUCAGAAUGACAAGCCAAGGCUGAACACUGCCCAGAUGCGCUUGGCACGGGAUGCUUUCCUGAGCCUCAUCUAUUCUUCAUCUUCACUUGAUGGAAGAGGGAUGGAGACACGAGCCCGAUCAGUGUGAUUCACCCUCCUGCUGUGGAAAUGAGUAACCUGCUCCAGAACACUUCUCUUUGGAACUGGGAUGUACUGGAGGGAAGAAACACGUCGCACGCCCCAUCCUGGGAGCUGGAGCCGGUGCCCGUAAUAAUCAUCAACCCAUGGGACGUGCUGCUGUGCGUGACGGGCACGCUCAUGUCCUGCGAGAACGCAGUGGUGAUUGCUCUGAUCGCCUACACGCCCACUCUGAGAGCUCCUAUGUUCGUCCUCAUCGGGAGUCUGGCGUUCGCUGACCUCCUGGCCGGCCUGGGCCUGAUCCUCAAUUUCAUCGUAACUUACAUAAUCGAUUCAGGAUUCGUCACGCUGUUGUCGGCGGGGCUCCUCAUCACAGCCUUCUCGGCCUCUGUGCUCAACAUCCUGGCAAUCACCGUGGAUCGUUACCUGUCGCUGUACAACGCGUUGACGUACCACACCGAGCGCACGGUGACGUUCACCUACAUCACGCUUGUGCUGUUGUGGGUCACCAGCGCCACGCUCGGCUCGCUCCCGGUCCUGGGCUGGAACUGCUUGGAGGACGAGAGCACCUGUAGCAUCUGUCGACCAGUGAACAAAAGCAACGCCGCGGCGCUCGCCGUGUCCUUCCUCCUGAUAUUCGCGCUCAUUCUGCAGCUGUACCUUCAGAUCUGCAAGAUCGCUUUCCGACACGCUCAGCAAAUCGCAGUUCAGCGUCAGUUUAUGACUGCCUCGCACUCGUCUUCCACCACGAAAGGGGUCUCCACCCUGACCACCAUUCUGGGCACGUUCGCAUUCUGUUGGGUCCCCCUCGCCAUGUACUCGCUGGUGGCGGACACACGGUUCCCUGUGAUCUACACCUACGCCACGGCUCUUCCAGCCAUCUGCCACUCCAUCAUUAACCCCAUGAUAUAUGCGUUCAGGAACCCUGAAAUUCUCAGAUCCUUGAGGAUUGCGUGUUGUGGGUGCAUGCCUUACAGAUUCACCAUGCGACCAAGGACACCCAGCGAUGUGUAGCGUCUUCAGUUUAAAGCACAAGCCUGUUUGUAAAGCACAUGUUGCAUAGAAUCCACAUUUUGUAAUCCAGUGGAGUGAGGAAAUGUUUGUUGUUUGGGCAAUUUAGUAGCACUUAAUAUCAGUGUCCAUGUUACACGUUACGGUAAGGCCGUGUGUCCACCAAAGCGUUUUUUUCCAGUGGCUAGCAUACUUUUCCAAUUGUUUUUAAUGGGAGCUUUUUAAACACCAGGAGCGUAACGAGGUGCUGAGUGUCUUUUUCAAGCUCAAGCGCUGAGCGUUCAACGUUUUUAUCGGUCACUUUGAGUUGAAGAAUGUUCAACUCUGAGUAAAACGCUGCACUCGUCACUGUCACUUUUUAAAAACGCUUUGGUGGACACAAGGCCUAAUGACAUGUUACUAUAAUUGAUCACUUCAGUAACUAAUAAUUUUUAUAACAUCAACAGUAACUUACUUAUGGAGCCCCUAAAGGGACAUGAUGAUGGUAAAAACAAAAUAAGAUGGGAGUUAAAAUUUUAUUUCAAUGCCACAAGAAAGUUAUCAUUCACUUGCAAAAAUUUCACGCUCCCUGUGAAACUGCGUUUACUCAAAAAACUUUUGAGAUCCUCUGCGAGACUUUACAUUUGCUUGCAAAACGUUAGCAUUUCCACAAAAAACUUUGCGUUCACUUGCAAACGUUUUUGCGUUCCUGGAGAAACUUUUCAGUUUUGUUUUCGCUACACUGUAAAAAAUAAAUCCGUAAAAUAACAGAAGCUCAUUAGGCAGCUCAUUACCGGGAUAUUAUCCAUUAUCCAUUUCCAUUAACUCUAUGGGCCCUAUCAUACACCCAGCGCAAUGCGGCGCCAGGCACGACGCAAGUGUUUUUUGCUAGUUUCAACCUGACGCAGCUGAAAACGAGGUGCGUUCAGGUGCAUUGUUGGCGUGUUGCUAUUUUGAAGCAACUGAAAAUGACUGCGCCAUUGACCAACAAAAACCUGGUCUAAAGUCAAUGGCGCAGUAUUUUUUUGUUAUUUAAAGGGCGCGUUAGUAAUAUGUGCCUAUAUGCGGGUGCACAACGCUCGUACACUCUGCUUGUUACACACACAGAGACGCGCAGCAGCACAAAUAUUAAAAAUAAAGGGAUUUCUAAAGGAUUUAGCUGUAAGUAUCAAUCCGCCAUGGCGUGAGCACAACUGGCUUUUAAAGGUACUGGGAGAUGAGACUCUGAUUGGUCUAUUACAUGUUAUGCCCAAAACACACCCAUGACUCAUUAAGAGACUAGGUACAACCCUUUGGACCUAUGCCGACCAUUUUUUCCAUCGUUGAACUAGCAAAAGUAGAUUCGGACACGCCCUAAGUGCACCUGCGCCAUGAGCUUCAGACCAUGAGCUUAGAUUGUUAAAAUAGGGCCCUAAAACACAAUGCAAUGCAGUGUAAAAUUCACAAUACUAGUAAAACACCUGUAAAAAAUUCCUUCAAAUCGAAACAGUACAUGUAGCAAAACUUUAGUUUUGGAAAUAAUAUGAGGUGGGAGGAAAGACUAUAUUUCUGUGCUUUUGCGAGUGAACAAUCUUGGGGGAAUGCAAUAGUUUGCUCUGGGAAUAAGUUUCUCUGGGAAAUCAAAAGUUUUGCGUAAUAUUAAUUUUACAAAUAUAAAUUUUUUUUCCCCAUCUCAUAUUUUUUUUUCCAUCACCAUGUAGGGGCUCCGUACCUACUGGCAACAAAUAAUCUGCAAGCUGCUUCAUACCACAGUACAAUUGUACUGUAAAUCUAAUUACAGUAGUUUUCAACAUACUGUACAAUGACUGUACAAUUAACUGUACUGCACAAUUAAUUAUAGCUGUCUAGGGUGUUUUUGAGACAUGCAGGGACAUGUUCCAGCACUCCCCCGUGGCCCUUCAUAAAUCAGGUAAAGAAGAUAGGAGGAUGGAUGUACAAUUAACUAUAGUUUUUGUUUGUGUGCCUGAUAUGCAGGAUGCCUACAGUAUUGUACAACUAAGCACAGUACACAUAGUGUAGUUACAGUAUAACUACAAUCUCUGAUAAUUAAAUCAAAAUCUAAAUCAAAUCUGGUAAUACAAAAUAUUUAUGAAAUGCUGAGGCAAAAAAUACAAUAGUUAUAGCAAAUAAAUAAUAUCCAGUACAUGCAGUGACUUCAAAAACAGUGAUAUCCAGUAAAACUACAGAAAUACAUCAUGAAUAACACAUUUUCAAAAAUUAUGAAAUCAAAUAAGUCAACAACACAUCAAAACACAUCGCGGAGAGAAGGACACUGACAGCGCGUCGACAGAUGAGACAGAGCAGGUUACUUACUUUUGAUAUGAAACAAAGCCUCAGCUUUCAAAUUUUGUCAUUUUUUAAAGAAAUUCAAACAAUAAAUACCGUCUUGUGGCUCUUGUGUGGUGACAGAUCGCGAUGGUGACAGAUCGGUAACGCUUCAGUUUAACCGGCACGUGAAGCGAUCAUCUCUUCCUCUUUACUAUGGCUAGUUAUAGCGCGAAAUAAAUGUGGAUGAACAUUAGAAGGAAUGUUGUUUAAACCGCGGAAAGACGUCAAUAAUACACACAGUUUUUCAAGUUCAAGUCCAGCGACGUUAAUCUACCAACUCUCCUGUUUAGUUUGUUUGUCGGACAAAAUGUCGGAUUCGGCGUUCUGAUUGGUCAGAUCGCUCGCCUGUCAAUCAAAUUCCCGGCGAAGGGUGAAUUACAGCAGCUCCACCAAAUAAUUACAUAUUAAGUACAUGUUGUCCAUUAUACACAGAAUGUGAACACCCAGUUAAAUGAACACUGUAAUGUAAAGAUUGACCUGCAAUUUCUGUAGUGAUGUUUGGUGGCAGUUGAUGUACUAUAUGCAUUUACUCAGUAUUUUUCAGUAUUGGAUUUCAAAACAGGUAAUCAAAUAGUAAUGUGGUGUCCAAAUACUAGUCAUCAUCAUCAUCGUCUUCAAAAGGGUAGGCUAUAUAUAAUUAUCCAAAUGUAGCAUACAAGUUGCAUUGUUGCCUGUAAGCACUGCCUGCAUUCUUUACAUUUCUCAAUUAGUCAAGAAACAUAUAUACACAGCUUGUCAAUACUAAUUUUUGCCAUCAAACUAACCACUAUUCCAAUGGUGCACUAAAGUGAAUAUUGUGCUAUUCUGUUCCUGGUUGUUCAUAUUCAUUUAGGAUACCAGAACACGUGUCUCUGACAUGUUCAACUAGACAAUUAUUAUAUUAUUUAUACAUCAUAUUUCAGUUGAAGUUGUGUACAUUAUUUCUAAUAUACUGAUAUAUAUUGAUGGUGAUCUUCCAGGUGUAUCGUCACAACACUAAUCACUUACUGUACAAACAGACAGAGAUAAUCGUUUUCUGUUGUACGCUGUUGAUUGCUUUCAGAUUUCAUUGAUUCUGACAUCAGUCAAAUGACCUACACGAUGUUGUGUGAAUGUGUGGUGCAUUAUGCCUUAUUUGCACUCGCUUUGAUGUAUUACAAGCUUCAAUAUGUUUAGCAAUCAUUUUAUAUUUGUAAAUGCAACAGUAAUAGAGAACAGUUGUAUGUUUUUCUUCACAGUUGUUCUGAGUAGACAACUAGACUACUUUUGUGAGUCUUUGGAGGUAUCAUCUGCUAAAAGGGUAUCAUAUCAUGUAGUCCUGGGUUUGAGAUGGCUGUGCAAUAUCAUCAUUUCGCCUGAGACAAAAUUAAUUGCUGGUCGAGGCAGCCAAAGAACCAUGUUUGACAUGUUGGAUUUACUGAACUUGAAUGAAACUACUGUGUUAUUCUAAAUAAUAUAUAAGAUGUCUACUUUUCUGAAUGUACCGUGUGUUGCCAAGAGUUUUAUUUGAGUAGCUGUGAUUGUCUCAGACUUCAACUUUCUAUAACAAUAACCCAGUCUAACAUAAAAUGUUGGUCUUCAUACAUGAUAAUAGAGCUGGGCAAUAUGGACAGAAAUAUUAUCACGGUAUUUUUUCCCAUAUCAUACAAUAUCUAUAUUUAUCACAAUAUUCAUUUACCUACCAUUAAUGGUGAAUGGAAAUCAUUUCCACAUGUUUGUUAGACUUUGAGAAUGAAUGUAAACAUGUAAACUUGUUUGUUCACAAUUAAACUCCACAGACCUUUUAA